GUCACCACCCCGUUGUCGCCAAGAUGAUGUCCAAAAGGAAGUUGCAGAAGAUUAUGACCAUGCCAAUCAACCUGAUCUUCAGGUACCUCACUGAGAAGACUAGGAUUGUCGUAUGGUUAUAUGAUCAUAAGGAUCUCCGUAUGGAGGGGGUCAUAUUGGGCUUUGAUGAGUAUAUGAAUGUUGUAUUAGAUGACGCUGAGGAGGUCAACACUAAGAAGGAUACUCGUAGACCAGUGGGAAGGAUCCUCUUGAAAGGCGAUAAUAUAACCUUGAUGCACGCAGUUAGCAAUAGCGCUGCUGCGUAGAAGUAGUACUACGAGAGGUGACGUAUAUAUAACUGCAUCAACACUAUAAGGGAAAGAGUAGUAGAUUUUCUCUGUAGUGUUGACUUGCGACGAUA